ACCAACCUAGACCCUCCGAGGAGAUGACCCUAAGUAAACUUCGAGCUCCAGCGCUGACACAGAAGUCUCGAGGAACGACUCGACCCGCCACGGAUACAUACCACGCGGAACCGCCAUGGCAGCUACUCAGCAAUACAGCAAGUAUAUACUCCACUGCACCAUUAUUUACACGCAUCACACUAGACUCAAACUCCGAGACAUACAAGGACACUCAGGGGAAACACAAACCUAACGCUGAUAGCGGCACAG